AUGUCGGACGACGGUCAGGAGCUUGUCACCAAGCCCUUCAAGUUCGUCACUGGCACCGACGCCCGCUUCCCGAACCAGAACCAGACCAAGCACUGCUGGCAAAACUACGUCGACUACCACAAGUGCAUCAUCGCCAAGGGUGAGGACUUUGCUCCUUGCCGCCAGUUCUGGCACGCUUACCGAUCUCUGUGCCCCUCCGGCUGGUACACACGAUGGGACGAGCAGCGCGAGGCUGGUAGCUUCCCCGUCAAGUUGGACGCUUAA